CCACGUCACAGACCGGCCCCAUCCGCCAUAGUGCCACGGGCGUUGGCGGCAGCGAAGGGGUGACUCCCAGCGGGAUGGGCGACUGGAAGGGCUACAUCAGCGCUGUGCUGCGGGACCAGCGCAUCGACGACGUGGCCAUCGUAGGCCACUCGGACAAUCGCUGCGUGUGGGCGUCGCGGCCCGGAGGCCUGCUGGCCGCCAUCUCGCCGCAGGAGGUUGGCGUGCUCACCGGGCCAGACCGGAACACCUUCCUGCAGACCGGCCUGAGCGUGGGGCUGGACGGGCGCGCAGUCUGCGUGGGCCACGACUACCUGCUGGCGGAGGGGGACGGCGUGCUGGACGCGCGCACCAAGGGGCUGGACGGGCGCGCAGUCUGCGUGGGCCACUCGCCACGCGCGCUCCUGGUGCUCAUGGGCCGCCGCGGCCUGCCUGUGGGCGGCGCGGCGGGAAUAAACGUGGCGUGUGCGGGAGUGCAAAUGCGGAACCGGUGGUGGCAAGGGACUUGCGGAAGGGCGGUCUGGUUGGGCGGGGUCGCGGUGUACCCCCACCCUCCGUCCCUGGAUGCCUUGCAGGGGCCUCUGGCCUGA